AUGAGGGUAUCUUACGGGAAGCUGAUUUUAGCAAGUUUAUUCCUUUCUUUCCGGUGGGCACAAUGCCGGGUAGUCGAAUAUAAUCUUACUCUCACGUGGGAGGACCUCGAAGUUGCUGGGGUCACCCGAAAGACCAUUCUCAUUAACGAACAGUUCCCCGGCCCUCUACUGCGGAUGAAGCAGGGAGAUAAUGUAGAGAUCAUGGUGACUAACAAUAUGCCUUUCUCAACGACCGUCCAUUUUCAUGGUAUCCGACAGCAAGGUACUCCUUGGUCUGACGGAGUUCCCGGCCUUACCCAACUCCCUAUCGAGCCAGGAGACCAAUUUCUAUAUGCCUGGAACGCCGACGACUACGGUACCUAUAUCUACCACUCUCACGAAGCAGCACUUAUAGAUGAUGGUUUCUAUGGCGCCAUCUACAUCGAGCCCGCAGACAAUAUUGAGAAGCCAUUCUCAUUUAUCACCACAGAUGAGGCGGAGUUGGAGCUUCUGAGAAAGGCGGAACAGAAUACCCAGCCAGUCAUUCUUUCCGAUUGGCGGCGUUUCACCUCUGACGAAAUUUUGAGUAUCGAGGAAAUAUCUGGGGUUGAAAGCUACUGUGCCAGUUCCAUACUCGUGAACGGCAAGGGGUCUAUGUACUGCCCACCUCAGCAGCAAAUCAAUGAGCUCACUCGACCGGAACUGAAGGUAUUACUGAAAGGGAGAAAUAUGUCCGAUAUGGGCUGUUUGCCGCCGAUUCCUGCACGCCUUGGUUUCUUUCCCUUCGACACCAGUAACAUUCCCCAAGGGUAUUACCAAGGCUGUACACCAGCUGCUGGGGAGACUGAAGUGUUCUGGAUUAAUCCUGCCUGGCGAUACGUUAGCUACGACCUGAUAAACAUUGCGGGAAGUUCAUCGCUAGUAUUUUCUGUUGAUGAACACCCGCUGCAUAUUUACGCGGUUGAUGGUCGAUAUGUCGAGCCGGUACUUGUCGAUGCACUAACCGUCCAUAUUGGAACCCGGUAUUCCGUCAUGGCCAAACUCGACCAGCCUGCAGGCAACUACACCGUUCGUGUUGCAAAUAGCUACGCGAAUCAGAUCAUUAACGGGACCGCAAUAUUGUCAUACCAAGCCCCAAUCGAAAAGAACUCUGUUUCAAAGCCUUACAUCACGGAAAUAGGGACGGCUGUUUCGCAGGAAACAUCGAUUCUGAAUGAAAAUAAUUUGGUCCCGUUUCCGCCAGUGCCACCGGCGUUGGAUGUGGACCGCACAUAUAUUCUGAACAUUCAUAUGUAUAACGCAUCAUAUCGCUGGGUACUGGGAAAUGACAGCUAUCCCCUGUCAAUCGAGGAGCUAUCGACCCCUGUGCUGUAUAAUAUCAGUUCAAUACCUGUCCAAUAUACCCUCUCAACCUUGAACGAUACAUGGAUUGAUCUGAUUUUCAACAUCGAAACUGGCGAACCUCAACAUCCGUUGCAUAAGCAUUCAAACAGGUUCUUCGUGAUUGGAGAGGGCUCGGGCCCAUGGACAUACUCUUCAGUGGCUGAGGCAAUGGAACAAAUUCCGGAAAGUUUUAACUUCGUGAAUCCCCAGAUCAGAGACACAUAUGCCACGCCCAACUCCCGAGCUGGUGGGUCUUGGCUUGCUAUUCGAUAUCAUGUGGAAAACCCGGGACCUUUUCUAUUACAUUGCCACGUUAUUAUGCACCAGGCUGGUGGGCUUGAUCUGGCUUUGUUGGACGGCAUCGACGCAUGGCCAACAGUGCCGGAGGAUGUCAACCUACCAUACCUCAGACCACCUGCAGUGCUCCCAAGCUGA